AUGAAUGAGUUUAACAAAUUAGUUACCCAAACAGAAGAAAAUCGCAAUCUUCUUUGUCUCUUAAAUAAUAAAGUUGAUAGUCUACUUAAAAGGUUUGAUAAACUUGAAGGAAAAUUUUGUACCACAAGUGUUGUGAAUCAGCAUAUCACUCCCCCUGCCAGUGACUCAGAAACAUUCAAAGCUGAAAGUCAUGUUUUAAAUAGUUUUAAAAAUAUUUCUUUUUCUGAUAGUAGUAGUGAGGAAGAGAUUGGUGAAUUUAAAGAUGCAAUACAAGAGCCACCACUCUUUAUGUUUGAGAAAGAUGAUUUUAAAGUUGAAGAAGAAGUGCCAUCAAAAAGUGUUGUUUAUUCUGGGAGCCUUUACUAUAGUUAUACAAAAUCAAAAUCCAAACGUAUAUCAUCAAUGGAGUGCAAAUUUAAAAAUAAUGUUCCUGGUGCUAUUCUUGAAAUUAAAAGAAAUGAUGGUUCAUCUUGUGAUGAUGAUCUUCAGGUUAUUUGUGGUAUCAAAGCAGAAGGAAUAUAUGAAUUGGAGGAGAGAAAAGGUGAUAUUCGUUUAGUUUUACUUAAAAUAGGUGAUAAAGCUGCUGCUUUAGAACUUUUUAAUGGACUUAAUGAUUAG